AUGGUCGAAUAUGGCGACGAUCAAGAAUUAGUAGCAAACGAGUUGUUACAAAUGCAAAAUGAAUCAUAUUGGUUAAUUCAAAGAGAAGUACCAACAGUUUGUAAAAGAGUUAGGACUAUUGUAAAUAAAUGUUUAGAGUUAUUACAUCCAAUUGAUAUAAAGAGUAUCGAGGAGGGAGAAGAAGAAGAAGAAAAUAAAAAAAGUAAUAAUAAUGGUAAUAUUGUACAGAUUGAAGAAGAUAACGAAGUUAAUGAAAUUUUUGAUAUACUAAAGUUUAGCGAUGAGGAUUUAAAAAAAAUAUCGAGCCAAAGAUUCGAAACAUCAGAAGGUAGCAGAGGUACAAUAAAUUUAAAUGGUUGGUUAAUAGAUACAACAGAUUUAUAUAUAAAGACCAGAUGUAGAACCAACAACCCAGUAGUUUAUAAAGAUACAAUCUCAAAGAAUACCCCAUGGAGAUUAUCACAAAUUCAAAAUGCAUAUAACCAUCUUCGAUUUGUUGAGGCAGAGUUAUCGAGUAUAAUUAGUUUUUCAGAAAGAUAUCAACCAGUUUAUAUAAAUCAAAAUAAUAGUAAUAUUAAUAAUAUCAAUAAUAACAAUAAUAUUUUAACAUCAUCAUUUAUUUCAGAUCCAAUUAAUAAUUAUAAUAAUAAUAAUAGUAAUAAUGAAGCUUCAACAUCAUCAGCAUGCAGUGUUAGUAAUAAUAGUAAUAUAAACAAUAAUAGUAAUAUUAUAAAUAAUAAUGGAGUUAUACCAGAGUUAUUAUCAUUGUUCGAAACUGUAAAGUCAAUAGGUGAAUGGAUUUCAAUGGCAAAGGAUGAGUUAUUAUUACCAAGUAGAGAUAUUUUCCCACAUACAUUAUUUCAAAAGAAUGUUUUAAAGAAUUUACCACCAGAUAUUCAUAUCGAUAUUACAGUGGCCAAUUGUGAUAUUCUAUUUAGUGUACAUGAAUUACAAAUAUCAUCAACAGACUCUGGUCAAAGUUUAGGAGGUAUUCAUCAUAGUGGUCAUUCAAAUAGUCCAAGUAAAUUUUUAAGAAAAUCAACAUCAGGUCAUAAGGCAGUUGGUGGUGGCAGUCCUCAUCCACCUCAUAUGUCUCAACAACUAAAUGGUCAAGUAAAUGGCAGUAGUCAUCAUGGCCAUCAUAGUCAUCAUAGUCAUCAUGGUCAUCAUCAAAAUGGUGGAUCACCAUCUCUAAGUAAUUCAAAUGGUGUUAAUAGUGGUAGUCAACAAUCACCAUUAUCAUCUUCAGGUUCUUCAAUGCCAAGAAAUAAUAGUGGCCUUUCUUUAAAUACAAGCUCAAAUAGUUUAGCAAAUAGUGGUGGCGUUCAAGAUUUAAAUUCAAGUUCUAAUAAUAUUUCAAAUACAUCAUCACCCAAUUUAGGAACAUUGUUGGAGUCCGAAGAGUACCACCAUCCACCUGAUCAAUUAUCAAAAAAAACAUACCAAAUGAAUAGAUCAGGUAAUACCCAAUAUGUAACAAUAAUAGAUCAUUCAGAAUCAAGAAUUCCAAUUAAAAAAUUAUCAGAUUCAUUUGCUUUAAUGACAAGUGCAUAUGAUAAAUUGGCAGAUCUAUCAGAAAAAUUUAUGGUUUUAUCAAAUACAUCAUAA